AUGUACAAUCGCGACCGCAAGGUUACUACCGUCCUCAUCAUAGCCUUCGCUGCGCAUAUCGUCAGCGGGCUUGUGAUCCAACUUGUCGCGGGGAUAAACGGUAUUUCCAUUUCUGAUCCAGGUGUCGUCAUUUGUGCCGGAAAGAUCCUCCCAAAAUGGGUCUACCUAGUUUGGAUAGCGCCCAUACUGUUCGAGUUGACCGUCCUGGGGCUCUCCUUAAACAAGGGCAUUGAGUAUUACCGCGCCGUGUGCCCUGUGACCAACAUGAGAUUGCGCGCGAGUCGCAGGUCGCUGGUGUACAUUCUCCUUCGGGACAGCAUUACCUUUCCCUUCCUCGGAUUGCUUGCCGCAGUCUUAAACCUCCUGACGUGGAUGUCGUAUUCGCGUUACGUACCCCAGUUCACAUUUAUGAUCCUCUCCUUCAUUCCCUGCAUCCUGGGCUGUCGACUCGUCCUCAACCUAAGAGAGGCAUAUUACAAACCUUUCCUCGAGGAAGCAGGGGCGAAUGAUACCCACAGUUUUGAGUUGGGUUUCAGCGCGGAGGUUCAGGAUGAUAGCCGUAUCGGGACGGAAGCUGGGCUGGCAAACAGUGGGGGCCUAUAUCAGAGAUAUUCUCUGACGCAGAUGAACAGUAGAAGCGGAGAAAGUUUACGGAUACCUCGAGAGCAUGACCUAGAACCGCCCGGAUAA